GCCCGGGCUGCGCCGGCGCGGGCGGAGCAGGGCCUUCGGCCGCCCCGGGUGCAGCUGCCCCGGGGCCGGGCGGCCCCCGGCGCCCCCUGGCGCGCGGGGCGCCGCUGUCCCCCGGGGCGCGGUAGCUGCCGUCCCAUGGCGCGCGCGGCUUUCUGGGGCCACGGCGCCGCUGCAGUGGCGAGCCCCCCCGCGCCGCUGCCGUGGCUGCAGAGGUUGCUGCCAGCGGGCAUACUGGUGAGCGCUACGGCCGUCUGCCGCGCCUUCGCGCAGCAGUUCUGGACAAGCCCCUUGGCCUACUCGACCAUCCCCGUGGUCGCCGCCCUGGUGGGCUAUGGCACCAACUGGGUGGGUGUGAAGAUGAUCUUCUACCCCAUCGAGUUCUUUGGCAUUCCAGUCAGGCGUUGGCCACAGCAGCCGCUUGGCAUGUUCGGAUGGCAGGGCAUCGUGCCCGCCAAGACACAGAAGAUGAGCAAGCGACUUGUCGACAUCGUGACGUCCAAGCUUUUGAGCAUGAAGGAGGCGUUUGCGAACCUCGACCCGGAGGAGCUGGCGAAGCUGCUGGAGCCGGAGGUGUCGAAGGCGAUCCAGACGAAGGCCGCCUGGGGCGAGGCCUGGAUCGCGGUCGUCAGGCCACAGCUCGAUCGCGUGCUCGUAGACGUGGUGAAGAAGAUGCAGGCGGACAUCGACAAGAUCCUCGACCUGGAUCACGUGGUCUCCAGCGCCUUCCUCCGCGACAAGGUGCUCUUGGGGCAGCUCUUCCAGAAGGCUGGCCGGAAAGAGCUAGCGUUCCUCGUGGACUCCGGCCUGACGUUCGGAUUCUUCUUGGGCAUCAUCCAGAUGGCGCUGUGGAUCCUCGUGCCGAACUCGUGGACCCUGCCGCUCGGAGGCGCCCUCGUCGGGUACAUCACGAACUGGGUGGCCAUCAAGCUCAUCUUCGACCCCGUGGAGCCCGUGCAGGUUGGACCCUUCGUCAUGCAGGGGCUGUUCGAGAAGCGCCAGCCUGAGGUCUCCAUAGAGUUUUCAGAGUUCCUCGCGACCCGCGUGCUCUGCUCGCCGAGGCUGAUCCAGGAGAUGUGCAGCGGCUGGCGCGCGGGGCUCUGGUGGGGCGGGGCCCGGCCGCGCAGACCCAGGCGUCGGGUGCGGGGGGCCCUCCGUGGCCCUCUCCGGCCCCGCGCGCAAACUUGAGCUGCCCGUCUGUGCAGCCUGCGGCUCUGCUCCACGUCUCCCCUCGAUACCAAGCGCACGUUUAUCUCGCGGCGUGGCGGCGCCCCAGGGCGAGGUGUUCACGCCGAGGUCGGCGACCGCAGUCACGAACAAAUCGGACCCCGUGGGCCGCGUUUCGCGCGUCGACCAAGAUGAAGCAACUUGCAUUUGAUUUCGAGGAGGGUUGUACUCGAGGAGGCGCGCAAAGCCCAGGCCACCUUGGAUCAGGAUCACCUGUGGCAACCUCCGAAGGGGGGGAAGGGGGCGCCUGAGCACGCAGGGUGCAUACAAGUCCACGGCGGCCGUUGGAGCCAGGCAAGCCCCAACCAGCCUGCAAAAGCUGGAUCAGUCCAACGGGCUGGAUGACCCCCCCCUUUGCACACUUUGAGCUGGGAUGCGCGAGCGGCGAGGGCGGGGCAGAGAGGCAGGGAGGGGCCCGGCGACUCGCCCUCCCGGAGGGCGUCGCUGGAGACCGCAGAGGGCGCAGCAGCUGGUCGGGUCCCUCUGCUCGGCCUGACGGCGGCCGACGGCAGGCCCCCCCGGGCUCGCAGCGCGGCGCCGCAGGCCCCGUGGGGCCCUCCCUUGCGCUUGGCCCCCGGCUCGGCGACUGCCUCAGGGGUCUGGUGGUGGUUUCGGGCGACGAGGUCUAGACGUCUCCGCUGCUCCCUGGCCAGGCCCCUCCUGAACCCAGGAGCUGUGCACACCGCUGCUGGGGUCCAGGGGCCCAGCCAGGGAGCGGUGGACGUGCGUGGAUUUCGUCGCCCCGAGGGUUGCGCUGGCGUGUGGCCUGCGUUCCGCGUCGGUGGGGGCCUGGGGGGUGCCGCGUUGCCCUCCGUCGGGCCCCCUCGAGGCGCGGAGGAGGCCCAAGGGUGCGGAAUUGCAGGCCACACCCUGUGCAGACCCACACCUUUCGUGGCCGCCGACCGGUGGUGGUGCCAGUGUUCCUUGCGCCUGCGUCGCGAGGAGUUCGGGCGACCUGUUCUGGGCAUUCCUGGAGGGUUUUCUGGUCUUUGAUGCUUCUCGGUGUUCUUUGG